UGCUCUAAACAAUACGUCUUGCAGAUGUAAAUGCAGACGUCUCCGUGAUGUACGUGUGCUAUCAGUGUAGCCUGUAGUAUGUAGUAUGCAGGUAUUCUAAACGAAUGAAUUGGGAUUUUCAAGCGCACACUAGAGGGCGAGCACAAAACAGACCAGGAACACUCAAGAAUCUCAGCAGAGGGAGGAGAAGAAAAAGAAGAAGAAACGGGCUCUCGGUCUGUGGGGGGUGACGGACGGGCUGAGCGUUUUUGUUCCGCUGGUGGCUCCUGCUUUAACGGUGAGCAGGAGGCACAACGAUCCGACCCAGAGCAGCCCGACCCGGAAAGAGCCCGGAGGAGAGGGUCGUUACGGAUCGGAACUAAGGCGCUUUUGUUUCUCUCUCAACUCCUGCGGGUUUGGGGGCUCCAGCGGCGGCCGCGGAGACGAUCCCGCUCGCCCAGGGAAGGAGGCUGGAAGUCGGGGACGCUUCCAGCCUGCAGGGCCGGGCGCCGUGGCGAUUGAACAUCCGGAAUUUGGUGAACCCUUUGGGGCUCAGUGGAUGGGAUGGAGCCGGGACCAUCUGGCGCUGUCCCCCUCGGGCCGUACCCCCCCCCCCUGCAGCAGGUGUUCCAGGCGCCCCGCAGGCCGGGCAUGGGCACCGUCGGCAAACCCAUCAAGCUGCUCGCCAACUACUUUGAGGUGGAAAUCCCAAAAAUGGAUGUGUACCACUAUGAAGUGGACAUCAAACCUGAUAAGUGUCCUCGACGGGUCAACAGGGAGGUUGUGGAGUACAUGGUCCAGCAUUUCAAACCGCAGCUCUUUGGUGACCGAAAGCCAGUGUAUGAUGGGAAGAAGAAUAUCUACACUGUUUUAGCGUUGCCUAUAGGCAGUGAAAAGGUAGACUUCGAGGUGACCAUCCCUGGCGAGGGGAAGGAUCGCAUCUUUAAAGUGUCCAUUCACUGGCUGGCCAAAGUGUCGUGGCGGCUGCUGCAGGAGACGCUGGUCAGCGGACAUCUGCAGGUCCCACUGGACUCUGUCCAAGCCCUCGAUGUGGCCAUGAGACACCUGGCCUCCAUGAGGUACACUCCAGUGGGACGCUCCUUCUUCUCCCCUCCUGAAGGCUACUACCAUCCUCUGGGUGGAGGCAGAGAGGUGUGGUUCGGUUUCCAUCAGUCUGUUCGGCCGGCCAUGUGGAAGAUGAUGCUCAACAUUGAUGUAUCUGCAACAGCCUUUUAUAAAGCUCAGCCUGUCAUUGAGUUCAUGUGUGAAGUUCUGGACAUCCGUAACAUCGACGAGCAGCCGAAGACGCUUACUGACUCACAGAGGGUCCGUUUCACCAAGGAGAUCAAAGGUCUGAAGGUGGAGGUUACGCACUGUGGUCAAAUGAAAAGGAAGUACCGCGUCUGUAACGUCACAAGACGUCCUGCUAGCCACCAAACGUUUCCCCUGCAGCUUGAGAGCGGACAGACGGUGGAAUGUACCGUGGCUCAAUACUUCAAGCAGAAGUACAACCUGCAGCUCAAAUACCCCCACCUGCCCUGCCUACAGGUGGGCCAGGAGCAGAAACACACCUACCUGCCCCUGGAGGUGUGUAAUAUUGUAGCAGGGCAGCGGUGCAUCAAGAAACUGACAGAUAAUCAAACCUCCACCAUGAUCAAAGCCACAGCGCGAUCAGCACCAGACAGACAGGAGGAGAUCAGCAGACUGAUGAAGAAUGCUGACUUUAAUCUGGAUCCCUACAUUCAAGAGUUUGGAAUCAAGGUGAAGGACGACAUGGCCGAGGUGACGGGGAGAGUCCUUCCCGCUCCCAUCCUGCAGUACGGCGGUCGGAAUCGUGCCAUUGCGACUCCCAACCAGGGUGUGUGGGAUAUGAGGGGAAAGCAGUUCUACAACGGCAUUGAGAUCAAAGUCUGGGCCAUCGCUUGCUUCGCCCCGCAGAAACAGUGUCGGGAAGAGGUGCUCAAGAACUUCACCGACCAGCUGCGCAAGAUCUCAAAGGACGCUGGGAUGCCGAUCCAGGGUCAGCCGUGUUUCUGUAAGUACGCACAGGGAGCCGACAGCGUGGAGCCCAUGUUCAGACACCUGAAGAACACCUACUCUGGACUGCAGCUCAUCAUCGUCAUCCUGCCCGGGAAAACACCCGUCUACGCGGAGGUGAAGCGUGUGGGAGACACUCUUCUAGGAAUGGCCACUCAGUGUGUUCAGGUGAAGAAUGUGGUGAAGACCUCCCCUCAGACGCUCUCCAACCUCUGCCUCAAAAUCAACGUCAAACUCGGCGGCAUCAACAACAUCCUGGUGCCGCAUCAACGGAACUUCACCGACCAGCUGCGCAAGAUCUCAAAGGACGCUGGGAUGCCGAUCCAGGGUCAGCCGUGUUUCUGUAAGUACGCACAGGGAGCCGACAGCGUGGAGCCCAUGUUCAGACACCUGAAGAACACCUACUCUGGACUGCAGCUCAUCAUCGUCAUCCUGCCCGGGAAAACACCCGUCUACGCGGAGGUGAAGCGUGUGGGAGACACUCUUCUAGGAAUGGCCACUCAGUGUGUUCAGGUGAAGAAUGUGGUGAAGACCUCCCCUCAGACGCUCUCCAACCUCUGCCUCAAAAUCAACGUCAAACUCGGCGGCAUCAACAACAUCCUGGUGCCGCAUCAACGCUCAUCUGUGCAGGUGGUGGGCAGUAUGGACGCUCAUCCCAGCAGGUACUGCGCUACAGUACGAGUACAGCGACCCAGACAGGAGAUCAUUGAAGACCUGUCGUACAUGGUGCGAGAAUUACUCAUCCAGUUCUACAAGUCCACCCGCUUCAAACCCACCAGGAUCAUCUUCUACAGGGACGGCGUACCAGAAGGACAGUUACCGCAAAUCCUGCACUAUGAGCUGUUGGCCAUCAGAGACGCCUGCAUCAAGCUGGAGAAAGACUACCAGCCGGGCAUCACCUACAUAGUAGUGCAAAAGCGCCACCACACCCGCCUUUUCUGCGCUGAUAAAUCUGAAAGAAUCGGGAAGAGUGGGAACAUUCCAGCAGGAACUACGGUGGACACCAGCAUCACGCAUCCGUUCGAGUUUGAUUUCUACUUGUGCAGUCAUGCAGGUAUUCAGGGCACCAGCCGACCCUCACACUACUAUGUCCUGUGGGACGACAAUCGCUUUACAGCUGACGAGCUGCAGAUUCUCACCUACCAGCUGUGCCACACAUAUGUGCGCUGCACCCGCUCCGUCUCCAUCCCAGCGCCUGCGUACUACGCCAGACUCGUGGCUUUCCGUGCCCGAUACCAUCUGGUGGAUAAGGAGCAUGACAGCGGGGAGGGCAGUCACGUCUCUGGACAGAGUAACGGUCGGGAUCCUCAGGCUCUGGCCAAAGCCGUGCAGAUUGCUCAUGAAGGCCAUUGGGUCGUAUCACCACACGCUCCCACCCGUCAUAGCCGUUCUGCAUUCUUUUCAAGCGUGCCGUUGGUAACACUGCCACAUUCCCUUCCCAACAAGCACAUUAACACAUGCCAGUAUCAUUGGCCUGACACCAGUCGGUGCAGUGAGCAUGUGGGCAUGCCGGAAAACGCCUUUUCCGCAGGUUAA